CGUCCAAGAUUAUGGUCCCAGGAACAAAGGUUCCAGUUCUAAGAGUCAAGGCUCUUGUGACUCCCUAGUGGAAGGAAAGAAAAGUGAGGUACCGGAAAUGACAAAGUCUGAGUCAGCUUCGGCUGACUCUGAGACAGUGUACAGUUGUACAGGAUCAGAACGCAUGCAGUCUGAUUUGCCUACUGGCAGUACAGGUGCCUUGCCUAGAAAGACUUGGCAACCGCAAAUGGCUAUGGCUUCUGCGAAAGGGUUUGUCUCAAGACCAUCAGCUGGUCCGGAGUCGGGCUCCUUGGAUGAUAGGUUGUACACAAAUGACCACAAGGAAGGAGACAUCGAGAUGGCCGCAACUCACGGAGGUGCGAAGUGGUGGUGUCGAUGGAUGGGAAGCGGAGCCCAGGACAACACCAGGAUUGGUGUCCAGAUCCCUGCAGAUGGAGUAUUGGGCCCAGGUGAGCCUGACUUUCUGUCAAUGGAGGGAAACAAAGCUGCCCCCGUUGUUCAGGUUUACCGGAGACGAAGACAUCAGCCAAAGAAUGCAGUUAAUCCUGAACCGGCGCAAACGACUGGGGAUGGUGGUUCAGGAAGUGGGCUUGCUGACAUGCCUGGUGUGAAUAACCAUGUGGGUGUCGUUAAGCAUGCUGAAGACAAGGAUGGUAUGAGUGGAUCUAUCGGAACAGGAGCUUGCCAAAAGUCUGGUUGUGGCGGGAAUCUUCAUUACCCUGCUAAAGGGCAGGGGUUAACGCAGUUUGACUUUGUAGUGACAGAAGGAGAUGGUGAAAUGUCUGAAUUGACUGCUGACGAUCGUUCUGUGGUUGGAGGGAAGAGAGGAGCAGCCCAGAGAGGGCCAUCUGUCACAAAAUGUGGCAGUUCCAGCCAACGGGAACAGCAGGCAGGAGGUGGGGUUCAGGGGGGUAAUCAUGAUGGUAAGGAUGAUGAUAACUUCAAAACAAGGAAGCCUGGAGGAGCAGGGUGUGUGAACAAGGGGAACAAACACAAUGCACAUCAAACUGUGCAGGUGGGCAAGCGGCGUACCGGCUGGAUAGGUCAGUCUCUGUGUCGGCGUCGGAGCAGUUCGUUUGCUGCCGGGUUGGAAGGUAAUAACAAGAAUUGCGGCCGGGCAUUGGAGUCUUGCCAAGUAGUUGAGGGGGAAGAGGAGAUAGGACCUGAGAAAGAUUGUUUAAAAGGCAGGAAUGGGGCUAGUGGUAGAUGCCACAAGCAGGAAAGAUGGAGCCCUGCUGUGUGGGAGAAAAUGUGGGACCAGUAUGUUGAAGAGAAAAGGAGGUUCUUUGCUGAGGUGGAUGCGUUUGAGUUGGUGGUAGAAAGCCCAUCACCAGUUGUGAAAAAGGUUCAGAAGAAGAAGAAGAAGAAGAACAAAAGGUUGCUACUCCCUCCUAUCCUGCAGAGGGAUAAUCUUCCCACAAACUCCUUGCUAACGUUGAAAUAUGCUUUCAGGGCUAGGAUUUGUGAGAUUCUGGACAGCGAGGACCUAAGCAAGGAGGACAUUGUAUCGGGUGAAGCAAUCGAGGGCCGAAAUGGUGGAUGUACGGCGAGGAUUUCUCGACAUGAUGGGGAAAGGGUGCAGAAGCCGGUGCCUGAGCAUGUGGAGGUCAUCAUGGAAACUGAAAAAGGUGACAGAAAGGAUGAUCUGGUUGCCGAAAUGGGCCUGCUUCGACUGGAAGCAUCGGAAAUGCAAGAUCCACAAACUGGCGACAAAGGGCAUGCUGAUCUGGAAGGGCAGCUUCCGGAAGUUGUGGAGGGAGAGGAGGAUGGGGAGUGGGGUGAGGGUGGUGUUGAAUGGGAAGCGAAGGGAGGGGUUUACGUAUCUGUUGGGGCGGAGGAAGCCACCCCUGUUGGUAUGAAAUUGUGUGCCAAACAAGAGGAGCGAGUGCGAGAGGAUGCGGCGGGGUUUGAGCAGAUGAAGGAGAAUGAGACACUUGUGGAGGCCUUGGAAUGCCUACCCACUGGGGACACUGGUUCUCUAUCCCUUCUGUUGAAUGAUGGACAAAACCUGUGCGAUCUAGGCUACCAGUUGAGAGGCGGAGAGGGUAUAGCACAAGCAGGCAAGGGCCAAGGGGUCACAAGUGGAGACGGGACAAUUACAGCAGAGCUUAGUGGUUCAGGAGAUCAAUGUAACAGGAUGGCUCCGGUGUGUUCGACUGGAGCACAGAAUUGCAUUUCUUGCCAGUUGUACACCAAGGGACGGAAAGAUGUGUGUGUGAACAUAUCCGCUGACGAUCUCAGGCCGCUCCGAGAGUCUUUGCAGGAUCGAAGUAGUGAGUGUCUUCAUGGUUAUCCAUGCAGUGAUAGUUGUGGUGUGGCGCCGACUGCACCGUCCCCUGAUUCCUGCAUGGAGGACUUUUGUGUGAGCCUAUCAGGUGUCGUUGAUGGUAGACUGUCGGUGACGGGAGAACUGUGUGAUAAGCUUGGGUUGGGUGAGGAGUCGAAUGUUGAGUGCAGCUCACAUUUGCAGCAUGAGGAGCAAGAGACAGCAGCACAGAACAAAGGUGACAGAGCAGAUAGACUUAUAGAAAUGGCCGACGAGAGAGGACUAAGAGAGAGCGGAAUGCACACUGCUGAUGCAAAACAUAGUGAACGAGAACAAGGUGAGACGGCAAAGAAAGAGAUUCAGGAUCAUUCUGUAACUGAAGAAGAAGGCAUUUCUUAUGCCAACACGUACCCUGUGGCCCCUAUGGUUCUGGCACGGGACAAUGGGGAGAUGCGGGCAGAAGAUGCUGUGGAAAGAGAGGAACAGAUUGACAUCGGCGGAUGUAUGGGGGAAAGAAUGGUGGAGGUUAUUGGCCGUACUACGGCAGGAAGAAGAGCAAUAACCGAAGAUAGGGACUCGAGUGCUCAAAUGAAUACCAUUUCUGGUGACGAUGUUGAUCUGGAAAAAGUGAAUUUUGCUGAGCACCUAGAUAAGGAGGAUGAGGAGGGAGUUGUCAGACAGCUGCAGGAUGUUUUUGCAUCACUGGCUGUUGAGGAGAGAGGCAAAGCUGAAGAAGUAGAUGUCCACGAGCUGGGCAACUCGGCAGCUGGCAAACAGGAUGAGGUAACGAUUGAUCAGAAUGUGGAGCAUAGUGUCAUGGACUCCACUUCUCCUCCCAUGCUUAAUGUCAGGAAGACGAGUCUAUUACCGUCAACAGCAGCAACAGCCAAACCACAAGGCGAAGAAGGGAUAAGCCCGGAUGGAAAUGACGAUGAUUUGAGUGGUGUAGCUUCUUGCCGUCGGGCAAGUCAAUGCAGAAUAGGGGAUGCUCUUCCCAGCACCUUUGAUGGUCUGUUCAUGGAUGACAGUGUUUCAUCCCUCAGCUUGUCACUACAAGUUCUGCUCGGGGAAUGCCGGCAGAGGAAGCUCGUGUGUCUGAUGGAUGCGGUGAAGGAGUUUGCAGGUGAUAAUGCUGUCAGAAAGAUUGGGGAGGGCACUUAUGGAGAGGCUUUUGCAACAAAUGGGCUUGUUUUCAAGGUGGUUCCCAUUGGGGGUGACUUCUGCGUGAAUGGUGAACCACAGAAGAGUGAAGAGGAGGCGUUCAGCGAGGUGAUGCUCUCCAAUAGCAUCAGCUCCCUCCGAGGGGACUGGAAGCAUGGAAACCAGUCUGAGAGCUUUGCCCCAAACUUCAUAAAGACUCUCGGUGUGAGAGUGUGCAAGGGUGCGUACGAUCCGACUUUGACCACGGCGUGGGAGGAUUGGGACAGCGAGCAUGGAUCAGAAAACGACCACCCGAUGAUCUUCCCAGAUUCUCAGUUGUAUAUUGUGUUCGUGUUGGCUGACGGAGGGAAAGAUCUUGAGGGCUUCGUACUGCAGAGCUUUGCGGAAGCAAAGAGCCUCCUUCUUCAGGUCACGCUGUGCUUGGCAGUGGGGGAGGAGGCGUGUGGCUUCGAACAUCGGGACCUUCAUUGGGGGAACGUGUUACUCUCACGGCAAGCGGAGGGGGUACUGGACUACAGGCUGCAGGGAAGGAAUAUAAAGGUGCGAUCGGCAGGUGUCUUGGUCUCAUUGAUCGAUUUUACUUUGUCUCGGCUCGAGGUGAAGGGCGGUGUUCUCUUCUUUGACCUCUCACGCGAUACCGAGCUAUUUGAAGGGCCUCGGAGGAACACGCAAAGUAACACAUACAGGUGGAUGGGAGACGUCACAAAGGGGGAUUGGGAGGGGCGAUAUCCGCAGACAAAUGGCUUAUGGAUUCACUAUCUUGCCGACACUCUUGUGUACCAGAAGUCGUUUCCUUGCCUCGCUCAUGAGAAGGCGGCCUUGGUCGCCUUUUGCAAGCGUGCUCGCAAGUCUAGCUCUGCUGUGUCACUGGUGAAUGACAGUUUCUUUGCCGAUCUAUGGAUCGAAGGUUACCAAGGGGCUCCGGUGAGGACUCCACUGGCAAUCAAAGAUUCGCCGCAUGAGGGAUGGCGAAACGGGCAGAUGGAUGAUUGUAUCGACGCGCUGCCAUAUAUCGAUCAGGAAUAUGGAGACCAGAAGUGGAAGGAUGACGUUAGCAAACUCAUCGAGGAGGAGAUGCGGAGGAGCAGAAAAACUCCUGCUGACUUUCUGGCUGAGUUGCCUCCUUUGCCCAAUCUCAACUUUGAGAACUGCCCACUUCUGGCAAAAGAGUUUGAGCGCGUGCAGGCAGGGAAGCCAUUUGGGGCAUCUAUAGACUUGUCGCGCUACAGCUUGGAGCCCCCUGGUCCCAAUGAGUGGAAUGAUGUGCUGGCAUGGAAAAAGGCACUGGCAAAUGCCCGAGCACAGCUCGGUCAAAUGCAUUUGAGGAUAAUGAACUUGGAGUUGGCGCUCAAGUAUGCUCCUAAUUCCUGGAGAGCUCUAAAUCAGUAUUUGGAAGCCAUGAAUUCAAGGUUCACGAAUGUGAUGACAGAGUUGCAGAAGGAGAUCGAGGUGGUCAAUAGGGAGCGCAAACUGAAUCAGAUGGCGGCAGCUUCAGAGCUGAACAGGCUGACGACACAGUGGAAAGAACUGGCAGAGAAGAACAUAGAGAUUGAAACGGCUUGUGCUUCCUUGGAGGCUGAGGUGCAGCGGCUGCGUGAAGAGGCAGAAAGGAGGGGAAUCGACUUGAAUCCAUCGCAACUGACACCUAGGUGAAGAUACAAGCGCAGUACAGCCCCAACUGACACCUAGGUGUAUGGACGGAAGCUGGAACAUGAAGGUUGCCAUAUGGGUGGAAUGGAGGGAAGAGCCAAGACGGAGAGUAUAAAGUUCGUAUUGACUGGCGUGUGGGAAGACGACAAAGGUCUGGAUCGGCGGUGUUAAGACGAGCUCGGUAUUUGACGAAUGACUGGUGUUCCGUUGCUCAUUCCUCCUCUUCCUCGUGCAAGGGUGAGUUUUGGAGGUGCGAUAAUCCUAUAUGCAGUCGUUUCGUGCACUUCCGCACUUAGUGAGAUAACAGGAGUAGAGAGUCGAGUGUCUCUCCACUGAUACCGCGUACAUUAUACAGCACCCGACCUGGUAGUCCAGGACUUAGUCUUGGAGCACAACGUGGUCCACAUUGGGUCCUUGGAACGCAAUCUGGUCCAAUGAGGGUUUCAGUACGGUCUUGGAACUCAAGAAGCUGGUGGAGCAGGAGGGUUUUGGAAGCCAAGCUGCUCCCAUGAGGGGCCUGGACCUGGGCUGAUCCAUAGGGGUCGUUGAACACAAGCUGGUCCAAAGGGGUUUUGGGAUGGUCUUCGACUCUACCAGGUGGAGCAGGAGGGUCGGUCUUGGAAGCCACGUCGCUUCAAUGAGGGUGCUUGGAACCUGACCUGAUAGGGUUUGGUUGGGUCUUGGAAUACAAGCUGGUCCAGAGCAAGGUCUGCCAGUGGGGUUUGAGAACACGGGAUGGUCCAGAAUAGGGCCUUGGAACACAAGCUGGUGCACAUGAGCCUUAAACCGAAGGUGGUCCAGAUUGGGUCUGGGAACCGUCUGUUUUUUUUCUGAGGUCCACCAUCUUGACCAGCUUGUUCUUCAAGACCCAUCUGGUCUGACAGGGUUUUUUUGGGUCUUAGAAUGCAAGCAAGCUGGUUGAGAUAGGUCUUUGAGCAGAAGCUGGUCCAGAUGGACCUCAGAAAACAAUCCGGUCCAGAUGGACCUUGGAAUACAGUUUGAAAACACCUUCGAAUACAAUCUUGUCUAUACGGGUCUUGGAAUACAAGCUGGUCCAGAUGGGUCUUGGACCACCACAAGCUGUGGUCCAGAUGGGUCCUAGGAACACCACACGCUGUGGUCCAGAUGGGUCUUGGACCACCACAAGCUGUGGUCCAGAUGGGUCUUGGACCACCACAAGCUGGUCCAGAUGUGUCUUGGACCACCACAAGCUGUGGUCCAGAUNGUCCAGAUGGGUCUUGGACCACCACAAGCUGGUCCAGAUGUGUCUUGGACCACCACAAGCUGUGGUCCAGAUGGGUCUUGGACCACCACAAGCUGUGGUCCAGAUGGGUCCUAGGAACACCAGCUAGUUGGAGCGGACCUUGGAAUAUACCAGUUUGUCUAUAUGGGUUGUGGAACACAAUUUUGUCUAGAUGGGGGUCUUGGAAUGCAAGCCGCGGUGCAUAGGGUUCUUGGAAGACCAGACGGUCCAGUUUGGCUUGGGACCUAAGCAGGUCCAAGGAGACACUCAGCGUCCAACCUCACGUUAAACCUGGACCAGUAACUCAGGGGGUCUUCGACCCCUUCUGGCGCAAAUGCAUAUGGACCUGUGUGGCGCACAGAUUCAGCCUACGCGUUAACGCCUAAAAACACGGUAGGUACUGGUGGUUUAAACCACUGUGCGUACACCUGGGCCUGGAGGCGCUCCACUGCAUGCCAAGCUUUUCCUUAUCGCCAGCAGUGCACUUUUUUGAAGUUUUUUAAAGUUUCUUUUUCAUUUUUGGCAGGCACUGCCAGCCAUUGUGGUCUGGUAGGCCCAAGCUGCAAAAUUUUCGGAGUAAGCGACGGCGGACAAAUUCCUUCUCUUCUCUGUUGUGUGACAUGGGCGUGACAAUGGUCUCCUCCUCCUCCUCCUCCUCCUUAUCUUAAUUGUCAUCGGGGAGUGAAUCGCUGUUGGUUGGUCAAGUGAUAUAUGGUUGUAUCCUAUCCCAACAAGUAUCUCAAUGACCCGA